GGGCGCUGGCCGCACGGGUGGACGGGCGCUGGCGGGUGUCCGCGGUCCGUGGGGUGUGCGUUCGGAUGCUGAGAGACUUUGGGGUUGCUCAGCCUGAGAAGACCCGAGGUCGGCCCCGUCCUUCCGUGGACUGAGGUCGCGCCUGGCGCCGCUGCGUGGGAGCCUGCUCUCACCUUGUGGGUUGGUUUCUGGACACUCGUGCCCGCGCGGUGUGCGGAGCAGGCCUUAAAUGUAGGAGGAAGCCGUGGGAAUCGCUAGGAAUUGGCGUGUUUGCAGGCUGACCCCCGACCGCCGGGCGACACCGGCAGCGAGGACUCGGGUGGCCGGCCGCGAGCGGUGCCACCAUGCACUUCCCGUCGUGGAUGCGUCAGCUGUGCAGGGGUUUCUCCGGACCCGUCGGGUGGACGGCGCAGCCGGCCUGGGGCUCCCCGUGCAGGAGCCUGGGGCUGAGCUCGCACAGGAGACUUCCAGAAUUCAGUAGUUUUGUUGCCCGGACCAACACAUGUGGAGAGUUGCGUUCUUCUCACUUAGGCCAAGAAGUCACCUUGUGUGGAUGGAUUCAGUACAGAAGACAAAACAUCUUCCUGGUCCUAAGAGAUUUCCACGGGCUUGUACAAGUUGUCAUUCCCCAGGAUGAGUCGGCUGCCUCUGUGAAGAAGAUUUUGUGUGAAGCCCCUGUGGAGUCUGUGGUGCAGGUGUCUGGGACAGUUGUUGCUCGACCUCCAGGACAAGAGAAUCCCAAAAUGCCAACAGGUGAGAUUGAAAUCAGAGUUAAAACGGCUGAGCUUCUGAAUUCCUGCAAGAAACUACCCUUUGAAAUUAAGGACUUUGUGAAGAAAACAGAAGCUCUGCGUUUGCAGUAUCGCUACUUAGACUUGCGCAGUUUCCAAAUGCAGUAUAACCUGCGGCUGAGGUCCCAGAUGGUCAUGAGAAUGCGGGAGUAUCUCUGUAAUCUGCACGGAUUUAUAGAUAUAGAAACCCCAACACUAUUUAAGAAGACACCAGGGGGUGCCAAAGAGUUUUUAGUGCCAUCCAGGGAGCCUGGAAAGUUUUAUUCCCUCCCUCAGAGUCCUCAACAGUUUAAGCAGCUUCUGAUGAUUGGCGGCUUCGACAGGUAUUUUCAAGUUGCUCGAUGUUACCGAGAUGAAGGUUCAAGACCAGAUAGACAGCCCGAGUUUACUCAGAUUGACAUAGAGAUGUCUUUUGUAGACCAGACCGGGAUCCAGCGGUUAAUUGAGGGUUUGCUCCAGUAUUCCUGGCCCAGUGACAAAGGUGCAGUGGCGGUUCCCUUUCCUUCUAUGACUUUUGCCGAAGCAUUGGCCACAUAUGGAACUGAUAAACCUGACACUCGCUUUGGAAUGAAGAUUAUAGACAUCAGUAAUGUGUUUAGAAACACAGAGAUUGGGUUUCUUCAAGAUGCACUGAGGAAGCCCCAAGGAGCUGUCAAAGCCAUCUGUGUCCCCGAAGGAGCAAAAUACUUAAAAAGAAAAGACAUUGAAUCCAUUAGAAAAUUUGCAGCUGACCAUUUUAAUCAGGAAGUCUUACCUGUAUUUCUGAAAACCAAUAUAAACUGGAAUUCUCCAGUAGCUGAACUGAUAAUGGAGGAUCAAAGAUUGGAAUUAAUCAGACUAAUGCAAGUCCAAGAGGAUGAUGUGAUCCUCCUAACUGCUGGAGAGCAUCAGAAAGCGUGUUCUUUGUUGGGAAAACUGCGACUGGAAUGUGCUGACCUUCUAGAAACAAAAGGAGUGGCACUCCGUGACCCGGCUCUGUUCUCUUUCCUGUGGGUGGUGGAUUUCCCACUCUUCCUUCCCAAGGAGGACAAUCCCAGAGAGCUGGAGUCAGCCCACCACCCAUUUACGGCUCCUCACCCCAGUGACAUCCACCUCCUCCACACUGAGCCCGCAAAGGUCCGGAGCCAGCACUAUGACUUGGUUUUAAAUGGCAAUGAAAUAGGAGGUGGUUCUAUCCGAAUUCACAAUGCAGAGCUGCAGCAUUACGUCUUGGCAACGCUGCUAAAGGAAGAUGUGAAAUUGCUCUCCCAUCUACUCCAGGCUUUAGAUUAUGGGGCACCCCCUCAUGGAGGAAUUGCCUUAGGGUUAGACAGACUGAUGUGCCUUGUCACUGGAUCUCCAAGUAUCAGAGAUGUCAUAGCCUUCCCAAAAUCCUUUCGAGGACAUGACCUCAUGAGCAGUGCUCCAGACUGUGUCCCUCCCGAGGACCUGAAGCCCUACCAUAUCCAAGUCUCCUGGCCAGCCGACUCAGAAACAGACAAGAAUCCAUUGAAUCACCAUCAAGAAAGUUGAGCUUGGCCGGCGCCGUGGCUCAACAGGCUAAUCCUCUGCCUUGUGGCGCCGGCUGGGGCGCCGGAUUCUGUCCCGGUUGCCCCUCUUCCAGGCCAGCUCUCUGCUAUGGCCCGGGAAGGCAGUGGAGGAUAGCCCAAGUCCUUGGGCCCUGCACCCGUAUGGGAGACCAGGAGAAGCACCUGGCUCCUGCCAUCGGAUCAGCGCGAUGCGCCGGCCGCAGCGGCCAUUGGAGGGUGAACCAACUGCAAAAAGACCUUUCUCUCUGUCUCUCUCACCAUCCACUCUGCCUGUCCAAAAAAAAAAGAAAGCUGAGCUUUGCAUUUUGUCCUCUUUACUUCCCCAAGAUUAAAAUGAGAUCCAGAGGUCUCCCAGAGAUUGGAGUCAGGUCUUGAGGUGGAAGGAAUCCAGACAAUUCUUCACAUUGAAGAAACAGAAGAUGUCUAAUUUUGACCUGACAACAUGCAUCAGUACCUUUAAUUUUUUGGUAGGGACUUCAUCAAAGUUCCAUUUUACUUGGAGAGUUGGGAAAGAUGUUUCUUGGUUUGGGAAAUAUAAUGGCUUAGCAUUUUCUAAUUAUGUUUUUCAUACCCAGGUAUAUUAUUCACUUAAGACAUCAACUAGUCAGUUGAUGGAGGGUUCAGUUCACCCACAUCAAUAUAAUCAUAUAAAUAGUGACAGUUCAAGUAUCAACUUAAUAUAUUUAAAAGCAGCACAAUACAAAACCUAUCACUGAAUUGCGAGAAAAUCUUGUUUCACCUUGAUCAUGUUACACAAACCUCCCCCAGCCUCCCUUCCUGCUUUUGUGACAGGCACUGAAUACUUGCCCUGGCCACCUCACAGGGAUUUUGUUGCCAGAAUCAGGGGAGAUAACGUAUGUACAAAAUGUGAGUGAAAAUGCUUUGAAAAAACUAUGUAAGAUACUAUCCAUCCACAAACAAAUGCAGGUAUGUUUUAUAAAGAUGAAACAAAUCUAUAAAGUUAUAUGAAUAAGUAUUCUUUUUCAUAAGCAUUAAUCCCUGAGUAAUAUUUUUUUCUGAAUUGUAAUUGAAAAUACUAAUUUACCUUCAACUAACCUCAAAUAUAUUAAGGAAACACUUAAGACUGUAAUAAUUAAAACGAGGAAAAAGGCCUUGA